GAAAUUGAAAUUGUUUGCGUGGCAAAUGAUAUUUGGCCAACAUAUAAUACCCGAAAUUAACCACGAAGAAGACCAACCAAAUCCACAACCAGAAAAUCAGAAAAAUGAUAAUGCAUGGCAAAGACUCCAAGAGCAAGAGACGAACAAGCUCCCGCCCUUCUUCUCCACCUCGUUCACGCUCAUCAAAACUGACUCCACCGUCAGCCUCUUUGGUGGACGGUGAACCGGUGACUGAUCGAGAACGAAGCUCCACAAUUACUAGUCUCUUUGAAGAUCUCCAAAUUUCACAAGAUGUAAACUCUAACCCCAGGAGCUUUCCUUACAGCGUCAAGCAACAAUGUUGGGAAAAGGCGGAGAAGGUCAAGGGACGAGACCCAGAUCGCUGGAGGCGAGACACUGUUGGUAACAUUGUUUUCAGGAAGCUUGUUGGUUGUCCUGGUUGCUUGUGCCAUGACUAUGACCAUAUUAUCCCUUACUCCAAGGGAGGAAAAAGCACACUGGAAAACUGUCAGGUCUUACAGGCAACCGUUAAUCGAUCAAAGGGAAAUCGGACUGAGUUGUCUAGAGCUGAUCUUAUCCAGAGAAGUUCUUAUUGCCGGGUUUCAGGGCGUGACAUGGAUCUUAUUGAACUUUCAGCCUAUGGCAAUGUGCGUCAUACAGAGGACCCAGCGGGGUGUAGAAUUCAAUAAUCAAUGCUUGCUGUAGGCACUGGUCGUAGUGUUGAUUUCAGGAUAGAUAGUUAUAUUAUUGAAUUGAUGCCUAAGGUCAAAGAUGAAAUCCUAAAAGAACUUUUUCUUAAUAUUAUGUAAUGAUCAGAAGUUGAAGAAAAGGUCUAAUUUCUUUGUACUGAAGUUCGUUUUAUUAUAUGUAUGUAUGUAUGUAUAUAUAUAUAUAUAUAUAUUAGCACUAGUUGACUAGUACUAGUAUAUUAUAAGGAUAAAUUUCACCCA